AUGCCAAAAGAAACAAAAGAAACUAAAAAAUAUAAAGUAGAGGAUGAAUUUGCAAAAGCGGAGAAAACAUCAUUUGUUCAUAUACCUUCAAUUAAAUUAGAUACAUCAACACUUGCAAAUAAUUUUAAAUCAUUAAAUAAAAAUAUAAUACCAAGUGGUAAACUAGAUUAUGAUAAUGAUAAUAAUGAAAAUAAUAAUAAUAAUAAUGAAAAUAAACAUAUAGAUAAAAGACCACAAUUAAUUUCAAAAAAAGAUAAAAGAAAACAAAAAAAAGAAGCAUUUUUACAAAAAUUUAAUCCAAGUUUAAAAUUACAAAAAAAGAAACAACAAGAUGACGAUGAAUCAAAUGAUGGAUUAGGUAUGGGUGGUGUUUUAUCAUCAAUUGAUUUAUUAAAGGAUUCAAUGAAAUUACAACCAAAAACUAAAGGACCAAAAUUAACAAAUGAAAAAAGAAAGAAAAUGUCUUUAAAAGAAGCAAAUCAAUAUAAAAAUGUUUUAUCACAUCCAUCAUUUAAAGCAAAUCCUUUUGCAACUUUACAAGAACAUUUAGCAAACAGUGUUGCUUUACAAAAUCAAAAAAUUAAACAAGAACAAGAUUUUAAACCAAAUAAUAAUAAUAAUAAUAGAAAUAAAUUAAAAAGAAAAUAA